AUGAUUCCCAGGUUACCGCUGCUCUUGUCCCUGUUUUUUCUGCAACAUUCCAUAAUAUUGGCUUUUUCGUUUGUGGAGACAGGCUGGAGUCGAUCAUCUACUUUUCGACACGAAAGCUUAUUAUUGUUGAGACAAAGUGGUGAUGAUGCCAGCGACGAACAAGUAUCAUCACCAAUAGAAGACGAAGAUGAAGCCCGAGAACAACGAAACUUAAGAUUUGCUGGAGUAGGCCGACUCUAUGCAGAACCCAAUAAUCAAGAUGAUAUCGACACUUCAAUUGCUCCUCAUUUGCAAGUUGUCGAUCGAUUGACGCAAGCUACGGUGGUCGUUGUGGGUCUGGGAGGAGUUGGGAGUUGGGCGGCCGAAGCGCUUUGUCGGUCAGGGAUUGGCAAUUUGGUAUUGAUUGAUCUGGACGAUAUUUGCAUUAGCAAUACCAACCGCCAAAUGCACGCCAUGGCCAGUACCAUUGGCAAUUUUAAAAUUGACGAAAUGGCAAGGCGCUUUCGAGACAUCAAUCCCAACUGCAACAUUACAUUGAUUCAUGAUUUUGUGUCGCCCGACAACGUGGAUGAGAUAUUGACUUCCAUACCCAAUCUGACGGCAUGUCUGGAUGCGAUGGAUGGAGCAAAGGGGAAAUGUGCAAUGAUUGCGGCAUGUUGCAGAUAUCAAAUACCCAUUGUGACCUGUGGAGGAUCGGCAGGGAGAACCGAUCCUUGUGCCUUUGUCUGCGAAGACUUGACUAGGGUGAAUAAUGAUCCACUGCUCAGCAAUUGUCGAAAAAAUUUGCGCAAGUUCCAUGGGUUUGAAGCUGGAGUACCAGCCAAUUUACUGAAAAAGAAGCUCGUGAAACCACCCAAGAAAUGGAAUAUCCAAGCUGUCAUUUCGACAGAACCACAAAAGACGCUUCCCAAAGGAGAGGGUUCAUCUUCCUUACGACGAUGUGAUGGAGCUUUGGGUACUGGUGUCUUUGUGACUGGAACUUCUGGAUUUGGUAAGUUGGGCCAUUUCUAG